UCUCCAGAGGCUUUAUCCCGGUGUCCGGUCUGUCCCGGGAUGCGGCUGUCGGUGCGGGUCCCGGUGCCGCUGUCCCUCCCGGUGCGGGUCCCGGUGCGGGUCCCGGUCCCGGUGCCGGUGCGGGUCCCGGUGCUGCUGGCCGCGCUGCUGGCCGCGCUGGCCGUGCCGUGCCGGGCUCUCUCGUCCUGCCGCACGCUGGACCUGGAGGCGGCGCGGCUCAAGCGCAUCGAGGCCGUGCGGGGCCAGAUCCUGAGCAAGCUCCGGUUACCGGCGCCGCCCGCGGAGCCCGGCCCGGGCCCGGCCGCGCUGCCCGAGGACGUGCGGGCGCUCUACAACAGCACCCGGGAGCUGCUGCGGCAGCGCGCCCGGCGGCGCCCGCCCGAGCAGCCGCAGGACUACUACGCCAAGGAGCUGCUGCGCUUCCCCAUGGAGAGCCCCGGGGACGGUGAGGCGCAGCGCUGGCUCCCCACCCCCCGCAGUCUGUUCUUCGUGUUCAACACGUCCCGCCUGCGGGCCGGGCUGGGCCGGGACGAGUGGCUCUGGUUCGACGUCACCGACAGCGUCCGGCAGUGGCUGCGCGGCUCCGUAUUUGGGCUGCGUUUCCCGCAGGUGCUGGCGCUGUACAACCUGCACAACCCCGGCGGCUCGGCGGCGCCGUGCUGCGUGCCGCAGAGCCUGGAGCCGCUGCCCAUCGUCUACUUCGUGGGGCGCCGGGCGCGCGUCGAGCAGCUCUCGGGGAUGGUGGUCAGCGCCUGCAAGUGCAGCUGACCCCAAA